AUGUGUCUGAUUUUCUUCUUGUUUGGAUGCAACCUCAGCUCCUGCUCAAAGGUCCCCUUGCGUCAGUACCACUAUGUUAACAUAAAAAUGACCUGGCAUGGAGCUCAGCAGUACUGCAGAGAGAAAUACACUGACCUGGCCACCAUUGAGAGCAUGGAUGACAUAAACAGGCUAAAAGCUGACUUUUCCUAUUCGUGGGCAUGGAUUGGACUAAAGGAUGAUCCAAAGUCCUGGAAGACUCUGACCAAUGACACCAACUCAUGGAGAUGGUCAGCGACUGGUGAAACGAGCAAAACCACUUUCAACAACUGGAAGCGUAACGAACCAAACAGAAAUAAUGGGAAUGAAAGCUGUGUGCAGAUCCGCACUGGUGGACUGUGGUCUGAUAAGAACUGUGAAAUUCUCCAACCUUCAGUUUGUUACAACGUGACAGAGCAAAACAAGAAAACGUACACGCUCAUCUCAACAAAGAAAACAUGGAGGUCUGCUCAAAAAUACUGCAGGACUCACUACACAGACUUGGCAGUGAUCGAGAACAGUGCAGAAAACUCUGCAGUCGAUUCUGUAAGACAGCUCAAGGGUGAAGCUUGGAUCGGUCUGUACCGUGUGCCGUGGGCUUGGGCCGACAAGAGCCAAAGCUCCUUCAGACACUGGCGUACUUCCGGUCCAAACAACUUUGGUGGUGAUCAGUUCUGUAUUGUUGAGAGUGAAGGCGGUCAUUACUGGGAUGAUGACGAAUGUGAUAAAUACUACGUUGCCCUCUGCCACCAAGUUUCAAAGGUGAAGAGGGUGCUGAAGCUGGUGACUGUGACCGACGCCGACCUGAGCAGCCCAGCUAUAAACAACCAGCUCCUCCUGCAGUUUGGUGCCAUGCUAAGAAACCAGGGAUACACUGAUGUCAAACUGCAGUGGAAGAUUCAGCCCAGAUAGAAAAGAGGAGAAUGUCAAGAGGAAGAGCAUCAGUGUCAUUACAAGUGGCACUGUCAACAUGCAUUUUCCAUAACUGGGAAAGCAAUUGAUUUUAUCACUGAUAAUGCACUUUAAAAAACUACUUCCUCUAAAUGAUGUAAUGGCUUUGUUUUAAUUGGUUUAUUUCUGCUAAUAGAAACUACAUCCUACUCAUGGAAUAGGUUGUUUAUUGUGUGCAUUUGUGCUCUGGUUUGCUGUGUAACUGUAUGAGUAAAAUGUCCUAAAACUUGUGCUGAAGCUUAAACACAAAUUUUAUAAUCACACCUUCAACAGAAAAUGAAUCGGCAACCAAGUUAAUAAUUAACUACAAAAAUGUCUAAAAACUACUGCCUCAUGGCUGUAUGCCUCUGUCAUGUCUACUCAGACAUGACCUUUGGGAACAUAAAAUGUCAUCACUUCAAUAUCUUAACCUAUAUGUGUGAUUUUAUUUGCCUUAAAUUAUGGCAAAAAAUCUGUUUGGUGAAGCCACACUGACUGCUGACUGCCAAAAUCUAACCAGUCAAAGUAAACGUUUGUGUUAAAUUUGAAGAAAUACCCUGAAUGCAGUCAAUCUGAUCAGAUCCUGCAUUCACAACGAUCGGCAGCACAGACACACUGAAGACAUAACAGCCAUGGUUAUCAAGAAAAGAUGUCUGAACAUAUAAUUUUGAUUGGCAAAUGAAUGUUAAAGGCAUUUGUAAAAACUGUUCCCUGAUAUUUUGCAUUUUGUACUUUAUUUCUAUUUUAGUACUAACCUCUGUGUAAAUGAGUGCAUUCCACUAAUCUUUGUUUAUUGUUUGUUGUACUCUGACAAAAUAAAUUCCUGUGUGAUGAAUAAAUACCGGGCUUUGCAAAAGUUCUGUUACACUUGCAAAAUGCAAGCAAAAUGAACAAAGAUUUUUUGGUGAUAAUUUUUUAUUUUCCAAAUAUUUCAAUAUAUGUGUUAAUGAUAAUAUUAAUCAGAAAUGUGGCCACCCAAAAGUUUUAUCUUAUUGCACCGAAAAAUCUUUGUGUUCAUUUUCGUGAAUGUCUCAACAAGUCGAACAGAACUUUUGCAAAGCCCGGUAGAUCUUAUCUUAUUUUAUCUUGUCUUAAUUUAAGCAAAGAAUGAAGCAGAUUAAUCAAUAAUAUCAACAUGACAAAUAUACAUUAGUUGUGUAUUUUGCUUUGCUAGUGAAAAGUGAAAAAUGAAGUGAACUAUUUUCAAGCUGUGUAAACUUUUAAGGUUCUGUGUUGUCUUUGCUUUGAGCUGUACUGCUGCUCUAUUUGUUUCCUAUUUGUUAUUCAUGUUUAAUGUGGUUUGGCUUGACUAGUAGGUGGCCCCAAAUAGAUUGAUAUAUAAAUAUUAAUCAUAAUAUUUUUUUCCAGAGUUGACUUGCACAACUUAAAACUGUAAUCCUUUAAUGUGGUGAGACUCAUGGUUACCACGGUAACAGCAAAUUUAAUCAAUAGUCUUUUUUUGUCCGCAGGUCUUCUGUUUUUUUUUUCUUCACCGUUGGGUUCUUUUUCAGUCUCAAAAUAUAAAUUAUGAGGUCAUAUAUCCACUAAACUAAAUGUAACUGUCACACAUCGGGAUGUUUUAACCAUAGGCUGAUGCAGAAAAGGCACAAAUUACUGCAUAAAAAUGGCAGGAAUGUAGAAAAUGAAAUCUCUGAUAUCCCAGAUUUCCUGGAUGAAAACCCCAGACCCUUCGCAUAAAGUGACUGUCCCUCACAAAUGGGCAAUAAGAACCCACAGCAGACACUGCCACUACUAUACACUGAAAUGAAGUUUUGAAUUAUAUUCAGAUUAUAACAGGCUUGCUCUGUCACCAGAAUCUACUCACAUUUUAAGUUUUCAUUUACUUCACUUCAAUCUUGGGUUAUGAAUUUUACUGUAUCCAGUUGUCUUUUUAUGACAAAAACACUUUGAAUAAACUUUCUUCAGUGGUCAACUUGA